ACAUCCGACAGAUGGGCAUUUUCCAAAUAAACGCAUCUCGCUAUCUUUGUGCAACAAUACGUACUAUCAGACAUAUUCACGUAUCUGUGAAAUCACAUAACCUAUUGACAUGUCACUGGCGGCAAGUAGCUACCAAACGUUGAAUUAAAGACUUAUCGAGUUACGCUCCUAAUGAACCUUAUAUUUCACCCCGUGACGAAAAUAUAUAGCGUGAUAUUUCUAUAAUUUUGUAAUUCGAUUUGAUAUCGACGUUGCAAUGUGCGGAAUAUUUUGUACUAUAUAUCAAGCCGACUCCGAAGGCUCCGAGCAGUGGAAUAUUUGCAAGGAUCUAAUAGCUGCACGAGGUCCUGAUUAUUUAGCAGAUAAACACGUAUCGUUAAGUUGCGAAUGGCAAGGAUAUUUUGCCGGUUCAGUGUUGUGGAUGCAAGGACCAAGCAUAAUGACACAACCAAGUUUAGAUCGUAAUGGUAAUCUACUACUUUGGAAUGGAGAUCUCUUUUCUGGCUGUUUGGCAAAAGAUGAUAUUUGUGAUACGAGCACAGUAUUGGAUGAAUUUCAAUCGACUACAGAUAUCAUACCUGUGCUUCGCAAGAUUGAAGGCCCUUACAGCUUAAUAUACUAUCAAAAGUCAAGCAGUAUAUUAUACUUUGGACGAGAUAUUAUCGGACGGCAUAGUUUACUUUUAAAAGUAGACAACGAAACGAAUUCACUGACUCUGACUUCGGUUGCAAGUAAGAUAAUGAAAGGAAUCGUGGAGGUGCCGGCUAUAGGUAUCUUUGCAAUGAAUUUAAAUAGUUCGCGGAUAAACUUAGCGUGCUACCCGUGGAGAGAGCCAGACUUGAGGUUCACCGAUGUUAUCGAAGCGCUGGAAACGAAUUUAAACGUAGAUAUUAAUAUCAGGGAGACUAUAUUGGACACGCAUUCGUCGCUGGCGAACUUGCACCUGCAUCCUGAUCCAAAGGAUGUGGAAUAUCUGGAGAAUAUAUCGUGCACUAACGAUUUUAACAAGACAUUACAAUACUUAUUGGAGAAUCGGGAGGUGAGUGAAAGAGUGAAACGUCUGACGGAACUCUUGCAUCAAUCUGUGAAAGUCAGGGUGAAGAAGAAACCGAAUUACUGCAAGGACUGCAUAAAGGUUGUGUUAGAUGGGGGAAGUGUCACUUGCUCUCACUCGAAGAUCGGUAUAUUGUUCUCCGGUGGUCUAGAUUCAGCAAUUUUAACGGCGAUAGUCGACAAACACAUUCCCGAGGACGAAAGUAUCGAUCUCAUUAAUGUUGCGUUCGAGAAAUCUGUAAGUAACCAGAACGUAAGUCAUGCGAGUGGCGAGAAGGAGAGUGUAACGCAGAAAUAUGAUGUGCCAGACAGGAAAACUGGACGACAAACGUAUAACGAGUUGUUGCGAAUUUCUCCCAACAGAAAGUGGAACUUCGUGCAGUGUGAUAUCACGCAGGCGGAACUGCAGUCGUAUCGCGCCUCGCGUGUCUGCGAUCUGUUGCAUCCGUUGUGCACGAUUCUGGACGAGAGUCUGGGAUGCGCCAUGUGGUUCGCGAGUCGCGCGAAGGGCCUCCUUUAUCCGAUCGACGAGACGUACGAGUCGCCGUGCCGAAUACUACUCCUGGGCAUAGGCGCGGACGAACUGUUCGGCGGAUACAUGCGACACAGGACCAUACUGAGACACAAAGGAUGGGAUGCGCUGGUGCAGGAGCUGAGUAUCGAGCUGGCCAGGAUUUCCGAGAGGAAUUUGGGCCGGGACGACCGGGUUGUUUCCGAUCACGGGAAACAGUCCCGACUGCCGUAUCUGGACGAGAAUCUGGUGAGAUACGUGCAACAUCUAAAACCAUGGGAGAGGUGCUACCCGACUGAAAAAAUGCCGACCGGAUUGGGGGACAAGUUGCUCUUACGUUUGUUGGCGUGCAGCAUCGGUUUCCAGAACACGGCUAACUUUCCCAAGAGAGCUUUCCAAUUUGGCUCGCGAAUUGCGAACAGCAAGGAGAAUGCUAACGACAUAUCAAAUAGAUUAUAAAAUAUUAAACUGUAUCUUAUUCGUACCGCAAUACGUUUCGCGGUUUAUAAGUUGAAAAAGCUUUGUACGCACGAUUCACUCUACGGCGAUGUCUGUAUUCACCAAGACCGGCACGAGAGACUUCGUUGAGGCGUGUAAGAAUUACCUGCACAGUCACACGAACCUCUUAUCACAGUCAUGUGUUACGGCAGAAAAUAAACAUAAUAUUUGACAUCGCGAGAUUGUUGAGAAUAUCCGCUAUCACUGAGAUAAUAACUUCCUCCGUGCUUCUCGACGCUUCCCGCAUCCUCCCCGAGCUUCGUACACGCACGAGCUGCUUGAUGCUCGAGCUUCCAGCUCCCUCGUGCUUCUCGAGGCUUUCCGAAGCCUCUUCACGAGCUUCGUGCUCGCACGAACCGCUUGAAGCUUGAGCUUCUUGAAGUUUGAGGCUCGAGCUUCAAGCUUCUUCGAGCUCUUGAAGCUUGGGACUCGAGCUUCUAGAAGUUUCUCGACGCUUUCAUGAGCUCAUUUUAUAUAAUGAAAUUUUUAAAUUAAAUUAUUCGUAUAACAGACAUUCGAUGUAUUACUCUCUCGUUGAUAUAACACAUGCGUAACAUGAUAAGAC